UUGUGCCCCUGCGGGGGUUCCGAGGGGAGGUCCAAGCCCGGGCACUCUCCCUUGCCUCCCUUCUGGCACAGCCCACCCAGAGACACUGUUGCACCUAGGCGGUGCAGGGGUGAAUGUAGCACCCCAGGCCCCCAGCCCUCCACCAGGAGGACAGUCCCAUGCAUUCACUGAUAAUAAGCACUGGAUGCGCAUGGCAGAUCAUGUGACCCCAGCUGGAAGUUCAUCCUGAAGUCUCCCUGAAAUACCUCCUGCUUCAGCCAGCCUGGGGCUGCAGGAGUGUGGCUGGGCAGGUUCUAUUCCCCUGGUGCCCUCUGUCCUCGGGGAGGUUUCUGGGAAUAAAGUCCUAUGAACAGAGGUGCAGAAAGAAGCUUAGAGUCAGUCUCUGCUCCAGAACCCUUCUCUUCUCAGGCUGGGGCUGAAGUCAGGGCCUAGAGGCUGCCACUGGGCAGGUGUCUCGAAGGGCCUUCGGCUGGGGCCUGGUGAGACCUAGGUGUCACUUCUUGCAGAAGGCAAGGAAAGGGGCAGGCCCACAUCGAGAGAGAGGUGGUUCUGGACAUGAGAACUGCACCGGCUGAGGCUCCCUCUGCUGGAGUUGCUCAGGGCAGUGAACCUUGGAAGCCCCAGGCUGGUCCUGGUGUUUAGCGUGUGGCACAGUGACCAGGAGGAGGGACACAGGCCCGGUGGGAAGGGAGGGAACCUGGAUAUGUCCUCACGGCCCCCUGUGCCAAGCCCUCCCAUCCCCUGCCCUACCCGGACCCUGUUCUGGGAUCGGAGGGAGCCCCCAGCCCUACCCCACUUUCUCCCAGGUCCACAGCUUCCCCAGGCCAGCGGAACAGAGUGUAGGCCAGCUUGGGUCCUGCACCACUAGCCCAGGGAGCUGAGGGGAUGCAGGGAUGAGGGCAUUUGGGGGAGCCCAGUGAGGGAAGAGAGCUGACCUGCAUGAGUGCAGGGUCGCUGCCUCCCAGAGUCGCCACCCACCAGUCUCUCCCCAGCCUCCUUAUUGUGACGAUUUCUGCCUCCAGAGGCAUCCGUGGGUGACAGUGAGCCAGACAGCUCGAAGAGCCUGCCUAGGUGUAAGGGGGAGACACAGUCCCAUCCCCCCAUGCUUGACAGUCCUGGCAGCUAUCUCUGAAGGUCAUGAGUCCCCAUUUCUAGGUGCUGAGCAGAAGGUAAUGUGGCGAGGAUGCUGUCAGUUGAGAGUUGGGGGUGGCCUGGGACUCCCUGGUCCCAUCUGUGCUCAGGGACAGGAAUGUGCUGUGUAGAGGCGCUGGGUGUGGGAGUUUGUGUGUGUAAGGAGUCUGGAGCUGGCCCCCGGGGUACUGGAGUCCUGGGGUUCUCAGGGGAUUCUGCAUACAGAGGGCAAGGACGUGCGUGUACUCUAGUGUACGUCCAGCACCACAUGUGUGCACACAUUCACGCGUGGGUACUUGCACACAGGGCAGGUGGAUUGUGGGUAAGGGACACCAGUGUGUGUGGAGUGGGUGUGCAAAGGGGUGUGUUCUGGCACACCUAGAGGGCAGUGUGCAUGCAGCACCGGAGCCAGGCGUGCUGUGUCCCAGGGGAGGGUGGCUACCUGGUGCCUCCUGGAAGGUGUGGGCCUGGGAGGAGCCUUCUUGUGACUUUGGACUUGGAAACUGCUUCCUCCUGGGCUCAAAGACCUUUGAAGAGGGUGUAUGGGGCUGUGCCAGGGGGCAUCCUGUCCCCAGACCUGCCUGUCACCCCCCAGCCCCUAGGCACUGGAAGAGCAGGGCCACAAGUACUCAGGAGGGCUUGGCAUGUGAUGCCGUGAAAGGAGAGGCGUGAGACCAACACCAUUCACGUUUCCUUACCUCUGUUCCCACAUGGCCAGUGCUGGCCCCACUGAUCUGCACCAGGCUGUCCUUAGUGUCUCCGUUCCCCACCCCACCCAACCUGCCCCAUCCCUGGCAUAGCUGGGCCCCGAUCCUUAGCAUCUGGGGAACCAGAGGUGAGGGACAUGCCCCCCUGGGAGCUGUAGGUCCAAGGAGACCCUGUGAGGAUGCUCUCCCAGAGGCCACCACAGCACGGAGGCUUCCUGCAGGAGGGGGCACCUGGUCAGCCCUUCGCAGUACAGAGAAGGCCUCCGAGGGGGUGGGGAGCCAGUGAGCUGCAGGGAGUGUGCUGGGCACAGCAGGUACUGGGAGUGGGAAGGAAGGUUAGGACCAGGUAGGGCAGAGGAGCGGAGGGGCUGAGGACUGGGCUCUGCACUGCCGGGCACCUGCCAGGGUGGGUGGAAGAGAGCAGGGAGGGGCGCGUGCCCACUCUGCAGAGGAGCCUGCUCCGUGGUGGUGGCUGCCGCAGGAGCAGCGGUUGCCUGGCACCUCUGCCGUUGCCAUGACGACAGUGGAGGUGCUAACUUGCUAAUGAGUCCCCUUCGGCUGCAAAUAACAAUACUGUUGUGGGUGAUAGGCCCAGCUCCAGCUCAGGGUUGCUUGGGAGGCAGAGCAGGGACAGGUAAAGGCCGGGACCCAUCCUCCCGCCCCUCCAGCCCCUGCCCACUGCCCUGCAGCUGGACUUGCCCUCCUCCCUCCCCUCCCUCUGGGUCUCAGGCCUGGCUGGCUGCACCGAGUCUCUCACUGAGUAUCAGGACUCAAGGCUGUAUGACGCCUAGGCCCUGGCUGCAGGGAGGGCGAGGGCCUCUUCUCACACCUGCCCUCCUCCCUGCACUGGGCCGUGUUUGCUUCUGUUGUUUUCAGUGACAGAGAAUCCACCCCCACUUAACAGAUGAGGACAUUGAGGCCAGGGGCGGCUCCUCGAAGGACCCCCAGCCCAAGUGUCCUACUACUGCGGCCUUCUCGGGGUUCUGGGCCUCUGAGCUGGGCCCUUGGGUGUCGUAUGGGGCACCUGGAGCCGCUGUCUCCCCAGGACCACACAUCUGGGCCCUCGCCUCUCACCACCUGUGCAAGUCUCAGGUAGAACUCAGGAAGGACAAACAGCUCAUUGAGGCUCUUCUGCAGGCAGUCAGGGACCCCCUUGGCAGGCAGAGACCCUCCACAGCAGGCAGGCCGCAGGCUCUUUUGCUGUUGAACUUGCUGGGUCUGGCCCUGGGGAGGGCUCCCAGGCCUCGUUCCCCACCCUGUGGUGGAGGCUGGAGCACCAGCCCAGGAAUGGUGUCUGAGUGGGAUCCUGAGGCCCCGCUGACCAGGUGCCACCGCAGUCCCUGGUGUCAGCUGUGGGGUCAGCUGAGGCUGCCCGUCCACAGCCAGGUGUUUCCCUGGCCUCUGGCAGCAGGAUGGGUGGUGGGAAUGCACAGAGGCCUGGGCCUAGUCGAGGCGGGAGGGGCCAGGCAGGGGCCAAGCUUGAAGUGUCUGGAGAAGGAGAGUGAGUGGGAGGCUGGGGCUCCUGGGCAGGUAGGAGCUGGGACCUGCCCCUCAGUGUGGAGUCGGGGCUGGGCCAGGGACGAGGUCCACACCAGCCUUGCACCUGCUGCUCUGUGAACUCUCCCAUUGGCCCCCGCCGGCCUGGUAGCUGACCUGGAGAGUCCAGAAAUGGUGGUGGCCUCUGUCCCCAGCCUGCUGUUGGCAGUGCACGGGUGUCCUCAGGGUGGCUGCCCCCAGUUCCCCCUGUGGCUGUGGGUUGGGGGUCUGAAUUGCUGAGGGUCCACUGCCCACCGUAGCCCGCUCUGCACAGGGCCCAGGGUGCACCUAUCUGCCAGCCUUCCCUCACUCCUGAGCUGGGUGGAGUAAACUUCCUGACUGGCUGGCAGUCGUGGGGGCACAAGGGAGAUGACCUUGCAGGAACACCCAGUGCCCAUCUGUGUGUGACCCAGGUGUGGCCCAGGUCCCACCCUUGCCCCAAGCCUCAGUUUCCCCAUAGUUGAAGCAAACUCAUCAUCCUUACACUGUGUGCCUCCUAAGGGCUGUGAGUCUAAAGUGGACCCAGAGGAAGGCCAGUCUUGACAGGUGACAGGGAGAUGGGGCCCGGCAGUGGGGCAGUGACAGAGGCUUGUCACCAAGCCUGCCGGAGGGGCUUCCAGAGGCUCCAUCCUCAAACAUCCCUACUCCCCCUGCCUACCUGGCAGUCUGCCUUUGCAGACCAUGCCAAGGGCCUGGUCCCUGCAGGGUACCCGACACUGACCUUCCUCCUAGGACUGCCCCACCCCUCCCAUCCUGGGCCCCAUCAGCCCCUGAAGGGGCUCCCUAGACCCCAGGCUCCGCUGGGGGAGGGGCACUCUGUGGGUGCGACGCACCCCUGCAGGAGCUGGGCACUCACCCCCAGCAGGCACGCGGCGUGCACUAAACCUCAGCCUGCAGGCCAGGAGGGCAGCAGUGGCAAAGGAGUCGUGCCCCCGUGCCCAAGCCCCUCCUGCACCCGCCUGCCAUCCAGCUGCCCCCGGGAGCCCACUCUCCAGUGGAGGCAGCCCCAAGGCCACCAUCCACCAGGGGCUGGAUUAUCGGCUUAUGGAGCUGCGCUGGAGUCAAGUCUGCAGGGAUUGGACUCCCUGGGGAGUCCAGGGAGGGAGGGGCAGGUGUGAAGACAGCAAGCCUGGAGGAGGGCAGAGAGCUGGACCAUGAGGGAGGGUGAGGCGCCGUCCAGACCCCUGACUUGCUGGGGGUCCUGUGGUGGAAAAGAUGGAGAGGUCACAGCAGGGAGAUGGCUGUGUCCCAGGGAUGAGAUGGAAUGUUCUGGAAUGCCUAAGGGUGGGUGAACCCCAGGGCCCACAGGAAGAACCCCUGGCCUCGUCCAGCCCUCAGACCCUUCCCUGUGGGGCCCGUUUGCCCCCCUCUGCCUUGUUGCAUCCUGCUGCUGGCCUUGUGACCUCGACGGGGUCUCACCAGAGGGAGAAGGGUCCCCACGGGCACACGUUGGGCUCAGAUGUCCUGGUGGGCGCAGGUCCCAGCUCCGAUCUGUCCUGGGGAGCCUCUGGGUGCCACCCAGGGACCUGCAGCACUGCUGACCGUCCCCCUGUCCCUGCAGGUCCGGCACCAUGUGCUAGGUCACUCCCAGCGCAAGGCCACACCUGGGCCGUCGGAGCAGCCCCCCCUCACUUCAGGGGUCACCCUCCCCAGCACCCAUUGCCCCACCAUGGCCGGGGACCGGCUCCCGAGGAAGGUUAUGGACGCCAAGAAGCUGGCCAGCCUGCUGCGGGGCGGGCCUGGGGGGCCGCUGGUCAUCGACAGCCGCUCCUUCGUGGAGUACAACAGCUGGCAUGUGCUCAGCUCCGUCAACAUCUGCUGCUCCAAGCUGGUGAAGCGGCGGCUGCAGCAGGGCAAGGUGACCAUUGCGGAACUCAUCCAGCCGGCUGCACGCAGCCAGGUGGAGGCCACGGAGCCACAGGACGUGGUGGUCUAUGACCAGAGCACGCGGGACGCCAGCGUGCUGGCCGCAGACAGCUUCCUCUCCAUCCUGCUGAGCAAGCUGGACGGCUGCUUCGACAGCGUGGCCAUCCUCACGGGGGGCUUCGCCACCUUCUCCUCCUGCUUCCCCGGCCUCUGUGAGGGCAAGCCUGCUGCCCUGCUACCCAUGAGCCUCUCCCAGCCCUGCCUGCCUGUGCCCAGCGUGGGCCUGACCCGCAUCCUGCCUCACCUCUACCUGGGCUCGCAGAAAGACGUCCUGAACAAGGAUCUGAUGACGCAGAAUGGAAUAAGCUACGUCCUCAACGCCAGCAACUCCUGCCCCAAGCCUGACUUCAUCUGCGAGAGCCGCUUCAUGAGGGUCCCCAUCAAUGACAACUACUGUGAAAAACUGCUGCCCUGGCUGGACAAGUCCAUCGAGUUCAUCGAUAAAGCCAAGCUCUCCAGCUGCCAAGUCAUCGUCCACUGUCUGGCCGGCAUCUCCCGUUCUGCCACCAUCGCCAUCGCCUACAUCAUGAAGACCAUGGGCAUGUCCUCCGACGACGCCUACAGGUUCGUGAAGGACAGGCGCCCAUCCAUCUCGCCCAACUUCAACUUCCUGGGCCAGCUGCUGGAGUACGAGCGCAGCCUGAAGCUGCUGGCCGUCCUGCAGAGCGACGCGGGCACCCCCUCAGGGACGCCGGAGCCCCCGCCCAGCCCUGCCGCCGGGGCCCCGCUGCCACGGCUGCCACCACCUACCUCAGAGAGCGCUGCCACCGGGAAUGCGGCUGCCAGGGAGGGCGGCCUGAGCACGGGCGGGGAGCCCCCCGCGCCCCCCACGCCCCCCACGCCCCCGGCCACCAGCGCGCUGCAGCAGGGCCUGCGGGGCCUGCACCUCUCCUCGGACCGCCUGCAGGACACCAACCGCCUCAAGCGCUCCUUCUCGCUGGACAUCAAGUCGGCCUACGCCCCCAGCAGGCGGCCCGACGGCCCCGGGCCCCCCGACCCCGGCGAGGCCCCGAAACUCUGCAAGCUGGACAGCCCAUCGGGGACCGCGCUGGGCCUGCCCUCGCCCAGCCCGGACAGCCCCGACGCCGCACCCGAGGCGCGCCCACGGCCCCGCCGGCGACCCCGGCCCCCCGCCGGCUCCCCCGCACGCUCCCCCGCGCACAGCCUCGGCCUGAACUUUGGCGACGCGGCCCGGCAGACUCCGCGGCACGGCCUCUCGGCCCUGUCGGCGCCCGGGCUGCCCGGUCCUGGCCAGCCAGCCGGCCCCGGCGCCUGGGCACCGCCGCUCGACUCCCCGGGCACGCCGUCGCCCGACGGGCCCUGGUGCUUCAGCCCCGAGGGCGCGCAGGGGGCGGGCGGGGUGCUGUUUGCGCCCUUCGGCCGGGUGGGCGCCCCGGGACCGGGCGGCGGCAGCAGCGACCUGCGGCGGCGGGAGGCAGCGAGGGCUGAGCCCCGGGACGCGCGGACCGGCUGGCCGGACGAGCCGGCCCCGGAGACGCAGUUCAAGCGCCGCAGCUGCCAGAUGGAGUUCGAGGAGGGCAUGGUGGAGGGGCGUGCGCGCGGCGAGGAGCUGGCCGCCCUGGGCAAGCAGGCGAGCUUCUCGGGCAGCGUGGAGGUCAUCGAGGUGUCCUGACCCCUCCGCUGCCCUCGGCUCCGCCGCCCGCAGCCGGGCCCGUUAUAAAUAUAUAUUAUAUAUAAUGCAAAGAAAGGUAAAUGGUUUUACUGGGAUUUUUAUCGAGAAGUAAAUAUUUCCAUUUUUUAUUUAUUUAAGCUGUUCAUUCUGGCAAUGAUUUGGCAACAGUGCGGGUGGUCCUCGAGCUCUAUUUUUACUGUCCGGUAUUUAAACUGAAACACACGUUUCUAAGCAAUACGAGGCCACCUUCAGUCGCAAGCUGGGUGCCAGGCCUGGGGCCCCUCCCAGUUCCCCCGCCCCGGGAAACCCUGCUGACCUUUGCAAAGGCUGCCGAGCUCUCGUGCACUUUUUACAUAAGAAAAAGGUGAAAAAAAGGAAAAAAAAAAAAAAAAAAAAAACUUCUUUGCCACAAACUGAGCCGCAGAACCUCCCUUCUUCCCCCACCCACCUCUCCUGCUCUCUCCCUUCUCUGCGCCAGCCUAGGGCUCUGCACCAAAGCCAUAGGUUGGGGGAGCAGGAGCUGGUGUGCCCCGGAGCGGUGCGGCCAACCCUCCACCAGCUCCAGGCGCCAAAUCUUGGUGGCAGGGAGGGCACCCCACUGCCUGUUGCCCCAGAGCUGUUCCCUGGCAGGGGAGGACAGGCAUUAGGCCCCAUGGUGCCGGGGUGUUCAGAGAGGCUGAGGAAUAGAACAGUGUGUAGGGGCUUGGGGCAGCGGGUUCUGGAGUGUCAGAUGAGGUGGAGGCCAGGGGAGGACAGGGGUGUUAGUGCCCCCAACUCCUGCCAGAGCCCCAGUCCAGCCACAGAGUGGCUCAGCAAGGCCAUUAAGAGGGCUCCCUUCUCCCUUGCCCAUGCCCCUAGAGCUGCCUCUCGGGCAGGGCGGCACCACUGCAGGAGAGGAGCUUGGCCUCUGGGAGUCAGGCAGGAGGGGCCUGGCUAGCCAGUGCUGGCUCCACUGGGCAGGGAGCCCUGGACCCCCAGGUAUGAGGAGGGGGUGGGCUUAGAGUCCUGUUCCAGGUCCGUCCCCCACCUAGCAAGGCCCCAGGCGGAACUUGGAAUUCGGCCUGCAGGCCGAGGGGCUCCACAAGCAGGUGCUGCUCGCACAGGGAGUUCAGGCGCCAGCCAAGCCCCUGUGCUUCUGUGGUAGGCCUGCUUCACUUAGGGAGCGCUGCCUCAAGGCAGAUAAAGCUCCCUUGUUUGCCCCGACACCCAUGGGGGCCUCUCAAGAGAGAAACUCCCGUUCACCCCUUUCCCAGGGCACUCGCUCUCUAGGUGGCAUGCCAGCCCCCAAACACAGGUGGCUUUUGGGCCCAGGUGGGUCAGCCUGCUGCCCCUGCCCUAUACCCUCUCAGGCCGUUGGGACCCCUGCCCUUCAGAUGUCCAAGGGUCUAGGAGUGGGGCCAGUCACCAUGAGAAGAGGCCAAGGGCUUGGCAGGAGAGGCGGCCCAGGUAGGACCCAGUCCUGAGUCCAGAGCAGGGCCAGGGAGGUGCCCACCCCGCCCCGGCCAGCCGCCCUCUCUCUUGUUUCUUCUAUUUGUUCUUCUUUUCACCCACAGCCCUGUGUGUCAUCCCUCCUUUCAGCAAAAGUCCUGUUCCCCUUCCCUCUGUCCCCACCCACUCCUGUUCCCCAAGAAAAUAAGCUAUCAUUGUUGUAUUUGCAAUCUAUGGAUUAGAGGUUUAAGUAUUUAUUAUUAUUGGUUAAUUAUUAUUAAUUAUGUAAAUUUGCCUCCCGUCUGUCUGUUGCAUUGGGUUUCUGAGGAGGCCCUGGGUGAGGAGGAUGCACUGGCUCCCCGCUUCUCGCCCCCCACCCCUGUGCUGUCCAGGAGGCAGUGGUCCGGGGCCACUGGUUGGGCCCCCCUCCUCCCCUCCCCUUGUCCCUUCUCCAGGCUGUGUGGGGGGGUGGUCCUGUCUGUCUCAGUCUGUCCCUGCUCCCACUCUUGAGGCACUGGUCACCCCAAAGUGAGCUGCCAGGGUGGGGAAGAAGGUCCUGUGUUGGCCACUGCCUCCUCCAGUGCUGCGGGAGGCGGGCUGGGGCCCCACCUGAUGGCUUUCUCCCCACUGGGCCCUGAGUCCUCUCCAAGCCUCUCUCCCACCCCUCUCACCCGGCCACUGCCUGGCAUUGGGAUCGCCCCACAAUGGACCCGGCCCCUCCUGUUAUUUGCUGGGAAGUCCAGCGGAGGAGAGGGUGCAGGUCCCCCGCCGAGCCUCCAGUCUCUGUGGACUGGGCUGCCGGCCCUUCCGCACCCCCUUAGAGCCCCUCCCGCCGCGGCUGCACCUUCCGCUCCGGGCCCCUCCCUUUGUAUUUGGAGACAAUGUGUUGUAAUAAAGCUUAAAGUGGAUGUUUU